GAGGAAACAUCACAGCAAUCCUCGUUUCCCGAUUCAAUACCAUCCAUCCUUCUUUUUUGAGUCAGCUUCAGGACACAAAAGCUCGAUCGCUGCCCAGCGACAGCCGCUACUCGCAUCCAAGCAACGGCGCACCCGUGCGCUGCCUCGUUAUUUCGCCCACCCCACUGGUUCCCCUUCGAAUCCUCACAAUGCCUGGCGUAGUUGAAGACCAAACGGGUGCCUCGGGGAGGCUACUCUUGAUCUCCAACCGCUUGCCCAUCACGAUAAAACGGACUGAUGAUGGGCAGUAUUCCUUCUCCAUGUCCUCGGGCGGCCUCGUCACCGGCCUGAGCGGACUGUCAAAAACCACGCGCUUCCAGUGGUACGGGUGGCCUGGCCUGGAGGUCCCCGAGGCCGAGGCUGGACCAAUGAGGGAGCAGUUGAAGGAGAAGUACAACGCGAUCCCUGUGUUCGUCGAUGACGAGCUGGCCGAUCGUCACUACAACGGCUUUUCCAACUCGAUCCUUUGGCCUCUCUUCCACUACCACCCUGGCGAGAUCACGUUCGACGAGUCUGCUUGGGCAGCCUACCGCGAAGUCAACCGGCUAUUCGCCAGGGAGGUGGUCAAGGAUGUACAGGAUGGCGAUUUAGUUUGGGUGCACGACUACCAUCUCAUGUUGCUGCCGGAGAUGCUGCGCGAGGAGAUUGGACAGUCCAAGAAAAAUGUCAAGAUCGGGUUCUUUCUGCACACGCCGUUCCCCAGCAGCGAGAUCUACCGCAUCCUGCCCGUCCGUGAGCAAUUGCUGCUGGGCGUCCUCGAGUGCGAUCUGAUCGGCUUCCACACUUACGACUACGCAAGACACUUCUUAAGCAGCUGCUCCAGAAUACUUUCAACCCCGACGACACCGAACGGCGUCGAUUGGAACGGCAAGUUCGUGACAGUCGGCGCAUUCCCGAUCGGAAUCGAUCCCGACAAGUUCGUUGAGGGCCUGAAGAAGCCGAGCGUUCAGAACCGCAUUGCCACGCUCAAGCGGAAGUUUGAGGGCGUCAAGCUGAUCGUUGGUGUCGACCGACUCGACUACAUCAAGGGUGUCCCGCAGAAGCUCCAUGCCCUGGAGGUCUUUCUCACAGAACACCCCGAAUGGAUCGGGAAGAUCGUCUUGGUCCAGGUGGCCGUCCCCAGCCGGCAGGACGUCGAAGAGUACCAGAACCUGCGGGCCGUCGUGAACGAGCUGGUCGGCCGCAUCAAUGGCAAGUUCGGCACGAUCGAGUUCAUGCCCAUCCAUUUCCUCCACCAGUCCGUCACGUUCGAGGAGCUUACGGCGCUCUACGCGGUUAGCGACGUUUGUCUGGUCAGCUCGACGCGCGACGGCAUGAACCUCGUCUCGUACGAGUACAUCGCCACGCAGCGCGAGCGCCACGGCGUCAUGAUCCUGUCCGAGUUCACCGGCGCUGCCCAAAGUCUCAACGGCAGCCUUAUCGUCAACCCAUGGAACACGGAGGAGCUGGCCAACGCCAUCCACGACGCCGUCACCAUGUCGCCUGAGCAGCGCCAAGCGAACUUCCGAAAGUUGGAACGUUACGUCUUCAAGUACACCAGCGCGUGGUGGGGUCAGAGCUUCGUCGCCGAGCUUACCCGGAUCAGCGCUGGUGAGGAGAGCAAGAGCCAGAAGUCGUCGGCCAAGUUGGCGCUGCGGAGUGCUGCUGAGGAUGUUGCUGGCGCGGCGAACAAGGCAAUACAGGGGGCGCAAGAGGCGGUUGCGAGUGUUGCGGGGGACAAGAAGGAGUCGGAAUGAUGGGUCUGCGUACUGGUUUUCCU